CCAAGCCAUCCUCCAACUGCCCAUAUAUCUACAACUAUCCCUCACCGAUCGAUCGGCGAACUCGAAGAGAUGGGCGAAAUGGCUGGAAAGAAGGAAGCGCCAGAGCACCCCGGUGCGAUCUUGGUGUGCCUAUGUGAGGCAAGAAAAUGUUCUUCUGGGAACACUUACUGUUAGGGAAACCAUAACGUACUCCGCACAUUUAAGGCUUCCUUCCAGUAUGAGCAAAAAGGAGGUGGCCACCAUUGUGGAAACCACUAUUGAGGAGAUGGGACUCGAAGACUGCGCUGAUGGACUAGUAGGGAACUGGCAUCUGAGGGGCAUUAGUGGGGGAGAGAAGAAGAGGCUCUCUAUAGCACUGGAGAUUCUCACAAAACCUCCAAUUCUCUUCUUGGAUGAACCCACCAGCGGGCUCGAUAGUGCCGCCGCCUUUUUUAUUGUCCAGACGCUGAGGCAAAUGACGCGCGACGGAAACAAAACCGUCGUCUCCUCCAUUCAUCAACCAAGCAGCGAGGUCUUUGCGCUAUUUGAUGAUUUGUAUCUUUUGUCAGGCGGAGAAACUGUAUAUUAUGGAGAUGCUAUGAUGGCUACUAAGUUCUUUUCAGAGGUGGGAUUACCCUGCCCUAUCAGAAGGAACCCAUCAGAUCAUUUUCUUCGAUGUAUUAACUCUGAUUUCGAUCGUGUGAACGCUACACUAAAAGGAUCAAUGAAGCAUAUUGAGUCUGAAUCAUCUUCAGAUCCCCUGUUGAAGUUAGGAACCAUGGAGAUCAAAUCAUUGCUCGUCGAUAAGUACAAGAGCUCAGAGUACGCUAUGACCGCGAAAAGGAAGAUUGCAGAGCUAUCCAAAAUUCAAGGCUUCACGGCGGAAUUUCGUAAGGGGAGUCAUGCUGGCUGGUUGAAGCAGCUCAGAACGUUGACCAGAAGAUCUUUUGUCAACAUGUGCAGAGAUUUUGGGUACUAUUGGCUGAGAAUCAUGAUCUAUAUAGUGGUUUCUCUCUGUGUUGGUAGCAUCUACUACAAUGUGGGCACAAGCUAUACUGCUAUACUGGCCCGAGCUUCCUGUGGAUCCUUCAUCUCUGGUUUCAUGACCUUUAUGUCCAUUGGUGGUUUUCCAUCUUUUCUGGAAGAAAUGGUGGUUUUUUAUCAUGAAAGGAAGAAUGGAUACUAUGGUGUGGCUGUAUAUACUUUAUCUAAUUUUUUAUCAGCUUUUCCCUUUUUAGUAGCAGUUUCCAUUGCUACAGCUAGUAUAACCUUCUUCAUGGUGAAAGCCCACAAUGAUUUCUCUCAUUUUGCGUAUUUUGCGAUCAGUAUUUAUACUGGUAUUGCUAUAGUUGAGAGUAUAAUGAUGGUGGUCGCAUCUCUUGUUCCCAAUUUUCUAAUGGGGAUUGCUGCUGGAGCUGGAAUCAUGGGAAUUAUAAUGAUGACGGCUGGAUUCUUCCGUUUGCUUAGAGAACUUCCCAAGCCAAUGUGGCGAUAUCCAAUUUCCUACAUGAACUAUGGUGCAUGGUUGCUACAGGGAAAUUACAAGAACGACUUCAUCGGCGCAACUUUUGAUCCUCUGGUGCCCGGCGAUCCAAAAUUGUCUGGAGAAUUUGUCCUAUAUGAUACCUUUGGGAUUACCUUGGGCCAUUCAAAGUGGAUAGACAUGUUAAUAGCCGUUAUAAUUCUCAUAAUCCACAGGAUUCUUUUUUUUCUCAUAAUCAAAUUGAAGGAGACCACCUCUCCUUUGUUCAGGGAGCUCAAUGCUAAAAUUCUAAGCCUGAGGAAACCUUCUUCCUUCAAGCUGAGGAAAAAUUCUUUCUCAUUAUCAAAUGGCACACAGCAUCCAAUGGCCUCACAAGAAGGUUUGAGCUCUCCACUUCCUUGAAAGUAUUGUUACACUAAGCAAUUCUGUCAUAAUUAAAAGAAGGAAAAUAAAUGAGAAAUAAAUCUUGUGAUUUGAGAAGCAUUAAUGUUCUAUGAUUGGGAUUGUGUUAAAAUGUGUAUUACUCUGGGAUUUUAAUGGAGGAUGAUUGAUACAA